CAAAACAAUUAUUUCCCGUCAUCAUUUCCUCUUCUCGCCGUGUUCUAACUCGAUUCAUCUUUCGCCAAAUUACCCAGCUCUCUUCCUUCUUCAAAUCCUUGUUUUUAGAUAAACUGAUAAACAGAGAUCAGAAAUUGCAAUCUCUGGCCAAACUGAACAAAGGUUGAGAUUUUUUACCAGCAAUCUCCUCGGGGACGUCUAGAGAUUCGGUUUAAGGCUGCGGCCGUAGCAGGCGAAAACCUCACUUUUUUGCCCUUUGUUCAGCGGCGGAGUUGGCAAAGGUGGUCUAAGAAAUGAUUCGCAGGUCCUCGUUGACCGACCCCCGCCCUCGGCGGCCGUAACGGGCCCUGCGUCGCUCGCCCCGAGAGGAAAGGAUGCAGAUCGGUGGGUAGAUAGUGGAGGCGGGUUUUGUGGUGGUGUUGAGGAGAAUGGAGAUGGAGAGGGACUUCGAGACGAAGCUUCAGUUGCAACAGCCAGAGCUUGGAGGGGUUGGGAGCAAGGCGGUGCAAAGGACCAAUAGUAUUACCUUCAGGGCGCCGCAAGAACAGUUCACAGUCAAUGACUUCGAGCUGGGGAAGCUCCUGGGUACCGGAUCCUACUCAAAGGUAAUCAGAGCAAAGAAAAAGGACACAGGAAAUAUUUAUGCUUUAAAAAUUAUGGACAAGAAGUUCAUUGCAAAAGAAAAUAAAGUAUCUUAUGUAAAGAUGGAGCGUAUAGUUCUAGAUCAGUUAGAUCAUCCUGGGAUAAUCAGUCUGUGUUUUACAUUCCAAGAUGCUUACUCUCUUUACAUGGCACUUGAAUGUUGCGAAGGAGGAGAGUUAUUUGAUCAAAUAACUAGGAGAGGCCGUCUAACUGAGAAGGAGGCUUGCUUUUAUAUUGCUGAAGUCAUUGAUGCUUUGGAAUAUAUUCAUAGCAUGGGAUUAAUUCAUCGGGAUAUUAAGCCAGAGAACUUAUUACUGACAUCUGAUGGGCACAUUAAAAUUGCUGACUUUGGUAGUGUGAAGCCAACCAGAGAGAGUCAGAUAACUGUUCUUCCAAAUUCAGCAAAUGAAAAGGCUUGUACUUUUGUUGGAACGGCUGCGUAUAUCCCUCCAGAGGUUCUUAAUUCUUCUCCUGCAACUUUUGGAAAUGAUCUUUGGGCCCUUGGAUGCACCGUAUAUCAGAUGCUUUCUGGUUCAUCUCCCUUUAAAGAUGCUAGUGAAUGGCUUAUUUUCCAAAGAAUUAUAGCAAGAGACCUUAAAUUUCCAGAGUACUUUUCACAUGAAGCAAGAGACCUCAUUGAUAAAUUAUUGGAUACAGAUCCCAGCAAACGACUAGGUGCUGGGCCUGAUGGUUAUGCUUCUAUGAAGAAGCAUUCUUUUUUCAAGGGAAUUGAUUGGAAGAAUAUAUGGAAGACACCACCGCCACCAAGACUAGCUCCAGUUCAGGAUGUCAGUGUGGACUACAAUAUUCAUGAUAAUCCAUGGAGUCUUAUGCACGUUGGAGGUGAUGCCACUUACCAUCAUGACAUACCAGAUGCAAAUGCUUGUCCCGCAUCAUCUUCUGAAGCGCUGUCUAUUUCUUCACUAGCUUCAAUUGACUCCUUUGAUUCAAGAUGGCGAGAGUUUCUGGAGUCCGGUGAGGCUAUUGUCAUGAUUUCAAAGCUGAAGAAAAUUCAAAAGUUCAGUAACAAGAAAGUGCAAUUCAUCCUUACCGACAAGCCCAGGUUGCUCUUCGUCGACCCCUCAAAAAUGACAGCCAAAACAAGCAUAAUUUGGUCUGACAAGCCGAGCGAACUCAAUGUCCAAGUAGCAAAUUCGUCGCAUUUCAAGAUAUGCACACCAAGAAAAGUGAUUUCUUUCGAGGAUCCGAAAGACCGGGCAUGGCAAUGGAAGACAGCAAUCGAAGGGCUUCAACAUCGAUGAACUUUCUGACCGCUGUAAACUCAUUAAAACACACUGCUGUUCGCAUUGUGGAUCGGUUUGAGAAGGCCGAAACCACCACCUAGUCCUGGAGCACCAAUUCAGUUCUGCUGCAGGGCUUGCCAUUGCAGCUCCUCAAAAAAGUGUUGUUUACACUGCAGCAACAAAUGAAGAAGCACCAUUACGUCUCAAAAAUUUUGUAUUUGAAAAACCAGGCUGAAUUAGAGAUACCCGACUCUUCAGGCAUGAUGUCGAUUAAUUUUGUACCAGAAAUCAUUGUUUUAUACUAUUCUCUUAAUUUUGUAUCAAAAAUUUCACUUCAUGCUCACAACUUAACGUUCUUUUCAAAAGGAGUCCUUAAGCUUCAAAAUCAUCACCAUCUUUUAGAACA